UCCAACGAACAUUCUCGCGAGAAGGAACGCCAUUAUCGCCGUCUAUCGUAAAAUCCGGGGUUUCGUCCUCGACGGGAUUUCGCCGAGAAUACCGCGAAGUUUGGUCGCAAACUUGGGUAAAACUUCGUUAACUUUCCAAAGAAGUAACAAAGACUGCAGAAAGACGUCUGAUCCGUUCCACAUGAAGAAUGGCAUCAAUAAAAGCAGGGGAGACAAGUGAUGAAAGCAUACUCCAAAUGGAUGUCGAGGAGAUACCAGAGGUUCCAACCAUUCUCAACCAAGGGAACCUUGAUGAUGAAGGGCCCAUGAACAAGAGACAAAGACUGGACGAUGAGAAUGCAAGAUCUGCAGGGGAGGACAGCAUCAAGGCAAUUCUCUUCAAUAUGAAUGAUACAAUCUGCCGGCGAUUGGACAGCAUGGAGAGACAGUUGACCAGCUUGCAAAGCACCUGCAUUAAGAUGGGACGCAAGGUGGACAGUCUCAACUUGACCGUGUCCCGAGCCCUGGCCAAAAUGAAGGACAACGAGACGGUCAUCGAAACUAAUGGGGAUCUCUCUCUUAAUAAUGCAGUUGUCGUCGGGAUACCAUCAGAGGAGGAACAUAAGGAGAUUUCAUCUCCCAAAGCGUCUCGACUUCAGAGAAACCUCAAUCGGAAUGUGACCCUGAUCACGCUGAAUACAGAAGAUGACUUUCCAAAUGGUUCCUGGUUGGGAGAUGAGGCCAAUUUAGAGUGCCGAGUCAGAUGUGGCAUAUCACCCACUGACAUGCUGCACGUGAUGCAGACCUCCAAAACGCCGGAGAAGUGCGCCCUCAAGCUGCUAGACUUCCUCUUUGAUCGCGAGACGCAGGCCACAUCCAACUUGUCCGGAACGGGCAAGCACGGCAAGAGGCAGCUCGACCCGCUCAUGAUCUACGGACUCAGAUGUCACCUCAUCAAACAUUUUGCCAUCUCUGACCCAGAGUGGCACCGCAUCCGGAUGAACAUCGACUCCAAGUGCCGCACCGCCUUCCGCCGCAAGCAACGGGGCUUGCCCCUGACUGUCAAGGCAUUCGGUUACAAGACGGGCACGCCGGAGAAUGACCAGAUGAUUGCCUACAGGUAUGUAGACAGUCAGGACGCCAUGAAUGACUCUCACAGCUCAGACGAGGGCAGUAACCCCCGCCCCACCCAGGUGCACGUGGAGCUGGCAAUGGACAACACCCACUUAGCAGAACUCCCCCAAGAGGAGGGGCAAGAGAACCAUGAGGGUGGCAACAUCCUCAAAAAGGUACGGAUCCCACAGGAUAGCAUCCACUUGCAGGAAGGCCAGAUCAACAUCACCCAAUCUGGUCAGAUUCAGAUAGCAGUGGUCGAGGAGAACGGCACUGCGGGAACCACCCUGUUACUCCAGCAGGACACGACGGUCCGGGAUCAUCACCACCAUCACUCCAAUGAGGAGGAAGUUGUCGCUGAGGUCGGGGGUCAAGAUGAGAGGUUGGGGGUCAAAGAUGAGACGCACUGAUUCAGGGUGACAUCGGUGGAGAAAAAGCUGCCCUAGAAACUUCAGAACCCGAGACUGAUUCGUCAAGAUUGGAUUUGGAUUUUAGUUCCUUAACCCCAACUCCCUAGGCAUUUUUGCUAGGAUGCAACCUCAAUCCUGCCAAAUCCUCCAUUAUUUUUUGAAUGUGGUCCUUGGAGGGGUGACCACUGCUUCAAUCCUGCAAAAUGCUCCAGCAAUCACUGUCAAUAUGUUGAGGCAGAGCCAGUGACAUCCUUGGGCAGUGCGGAGGAUUUCAAGUACAAUCUAGGCCUAACGCAAGGUUCCUGCCCAAGACCCUGAAGUUGACACAGUGCAUCCUCCAAAAUCAGCCACGCAUUUUUUGCCAAUCCUGCAAAAUCCUCCAUUUUACAAGGAGGAUUUUGGAGGAGAUGGGAAGGUUAGGGUUAAUGCUGCCAGUCCUGAUUCCCGACAAGCACAAUCAAGCAGUCACAGGGGUAGAAGGGGCUAGCAACAUCUGUCAGAUUCAAAUCCAGUCUUGGAAAUUUUGACCGAGAAAUUCUGAACAUAUCUGAAGUGCGCUACAUUCAAGCUAAUCUGCACGCAAGGUGUGUGCUUCGAAUUUCUGGGGUCCAAGUGCAAAAGUUUCACAGACUGGAUGUGAUUUGUUUGGUUAAUAGCACCCUCGACUGCCGUGGGUGCUUGACUGCGCUUCUCAGGCACCAACAGCAUUAAGGGAACAAACAUUGAAAUUCAGUCUUAGACCAAAACGUUGGCAAAAGUAUUCGGAACUUUGUCUUUGCUACAUGAACGUGCAGGAAUGUGUAUGCAAUUUGUUGAAUAUGCAUGGUCUGAAAUAUACUAUAGAAGACUCUUACAGCAUUAUACAGAGUUGUAAAUGAGUAAAUGAGUACUAGUCGUCACAAGCCACUCACAAGUUACUCACAAGUCGGACGCGUCAGCCAGUCUCAAGUCAAUUGACAACUGCUGUUCCAGUGCCAAGCUGCAUCUGAAGCUCUCAUUUUGUAUCCAUCGUAUAUGGCUGUGUCUGUAGCAGGCCUCCAGAGCUAUGACUCCAUCUGUUGUGAGCAUGUUCCCAUGUAGUUGGGGAGAAUGCAAAUGAAAAGAGGCAGUACCUUGAGGUUGAACCCCCAGUCAACCUGUAAAACCUCAUGGUAAACCUCGCAGUAAACCUCGGGUAAACCUCGUGGUAAACCGCGCAGUAAACCUCGGGUAAACCUCGUGGUAAACCUCGCUGUAAACCUUGCGGUAAACCUCAAGUUACCACAUGUUUAAUUCUGCAUUCUCCCCUAGUGACGGAAGCUCUAGACAAGAGAUUUUGGCACGGCCUACUCGUAACCCGACUUUUAUUUUGACUUGGAUGCAAUUUGCGAUUCUUGCAAUUUCUCUCGGUGAUCUUGUGACGUUAAAACUAUUUUAAAUAUUGUGCCUUUUGUCUUGUAUACUUUGAGUCAAGUACAGACAAUCCAUGUUAAAAUAUACUCUCCGAUAUGCAACGUAUUUAUUGCUAUUUUUUGUAAAUAGCCUACUUGGAAUUUUUCUUUGUAUGCAUAUGCCUAAUUCACCAGUUAUAUUUAUUGUGUAUGCAUUGAAAAUUGGAUUGGUUUAACAAACUUUGUUAAUUUCGGAAGCUUUUGAACAAAAUUCUGAA